CUCCAGGCGUUUCGCACCGAAGGGCGGCCCGCGGGCGAGAGCCCUCUGCCCCCCCCCCACCCCGGGCAGCAGCUCCCGGGGGGUGGGUGGGCGCGCGAGCGUGGCGCCAUGCCACCGCUGCUGCCGAUCGGCAACCGGCGCACGCGUGGGGUCACGCUGGCGGCCGCCCCGGACGACUCCUCCUCGCAGAGCGACGAGGAGAGCGCGCCCGCCGGCGGGAAGACCGCGAGGGCCGCGAGGCCGCUGGGGGGCCCCACGCCGCGGGUCGCCGCGGCGGGGCCGCCCGCGGCCCGGGCGGCGCCGCUGUCGCAGCCGUCCCCCGCCGUGGUCACGGGCCCUCCGCGCGUCGUCCGGGUGGUGAAGUUCGCGCCGACGCCGACGAACCAGGUCGUGGAGGUCACGCCGUACUCGCAGGUCUACGGCAUGAACCCUGCGAAGUUCGAUUUCGACCCCAACGCGCCGAACGGGAUAGAUUGGUACGGGACGCCCGUGUCCAGCCCCGCCGAGGCUACGGGCAGCCCGGCCACCCGGAUGGCGGCCUCGCUGCAGCCAGGGUGGUCGGAGUCGUCUCCUCGGAGCGACGCGACCCCUGCGGCCGCGGCCGGCGCCCCCGCCUUCGCGCCGUCGUCGCUGACGCGGUCCGCGGACGGGGUGCUGGUGGCGCCUGCAGUGUACGUGACUCCGCCGCGCAGGACGGCGGCAGUUGCGGCCGCCCAGGCACUACCUGGCAACACGGGCGCACCGCUUCCCACAUUGUGUUCUCCCAUGCUCCGAUGUUCCCUCGCUGUUCUGUCGCUCGUAGCCGAAACAACGCCAUAAACAUCAACUUUUGGCGCUCCGCGCGGAUUUCUUGAAUCCGCACUGGGGACCCCUGGCGGCGCCUCUGGCGCGGCCCCUGGAGCGUUCUGCGCGCCAGGGAGGGGGUUCUAGCCCAGAUCCAAGACAUCCGCCCGGGCCUGUAACAGUUUUGUUUAUGCCGAUGUUCCUGCCUCUAGUCGCGGUGUCUUUUGCAGCUGUGCCUUGUUUAUCUCCCACCGUCUCUCCUCGGAGAGUCGUUGCAUCCCUCAAGCAACCUUCUCUCAGAUGUUCUCCGAGCGCCCGUAUUGCUGUCCUACGCUGUCGUUGUUCGCGCUUCCGUCGGGACAUUGCCAGAUGCUGCUCAAGCCCGCUGAGCGGGAGGCACAGCGCCCCCCCCUUUCAGAAAGCCAGUCUGCAGAUCCUGCAUUUUUGGGCAUGCUGUGGUGCCGUCAAGGAAGAGGCAGAGGGACAGG